GAAACGAACUACGGCAAGCAACUUAGUCCUUAAAGCCGACGAAUCUUCAUUGUUGCCCGAAGCAAACGAGUGAAACAACAUAACUGUCCACAGAGUAAGGUACAGUACAAGGAAUAAGAAUGAGAAGCGGCAGGUGCAGCGUGCCGUGGGGGGGUCUGCUCGUCCUCCUGUCCUGCUCUCUGCCGUGUGUCCACUCUCACGUGGACCCCCAGAAGGAGCCGCAGGUCGUAGUGAGUGGCGCUCACAUAUCCGGUCACGGUCGCCUGGACAAAAACAUGAUCCAGGACAAAGACCACAUCAUGGAGCAUUUGGAGGGAGUGAUCGACCAACCAGAGAAAGAAAUGACACCCCAGGAGCUCCAGCUGCACUAUUUCAAGAUGCACGACUAUGAUGGCAACAACCUGCUGGAUGGGCUGGAGCUCGCUACAGCUAUCACACAUGUACACAAAGAGGAGGGAGGAGAGAACAGCCAGCCGAUGAAAGAGGAGGACCUCAUCAGUCUCAUCGACGACGUCCUGAGGGACGAUGACAAAAACAACGACGGCUACAUCGAUUAUGCAGAGUUUGCCAAGUCUCUGGAGUGACGUGUCGCCGACAUCAUCAUCAUCGCCAUCAGGAACGACAACAACAACAACAACAAUGAGGAAUCUGUAGGCGAACUGAAAAGCUGCCUCCAAACGGUCUAGAAACCCAUCUUUUAAUCUCUGCUUUCCCUCACAAGCAAUCAAUCGGCAUUAUUGGUCAUCACAUUUUUUGUCCUUGUUUUUCAUUUUAUAUCUGAGUUAUGAGCAAAAAAAAUUGUCUAUUAAAAUUGAUCACCAAGCAACAAAAAGGGGGAACAAAAAUUGGCUAUUUUUUUUUUAAAGAUUUAACUGACCUCUUGGUAGGUUUUGACUUUUUUAUUUUUCCUUUUUUUAUAAAGGGUCAGUUCACCCAAUAUCACCAAGAGACACAUUUUCUUUCUUCUGCCUUUUGAUGCUUUCUGAUCCCGGAUACAUACUUUUAAUUCUGUUUGAGCCAAAUGGCCACAAUACUUUCAUUGGGAACGAGUACAGCUAUCAGUGACGUGGAAGCAGAGGUUUCUGUGGCCGGUGACUCAAUACAGAGAAUAAACAUAACCCAAACUCUCUGACUGACCCUUUUCAGACAUACUGGACUCUACAGUGUAUUUAAUUCACACUGGUAGCCAGAUAGCACCCGUAAAAUGGACCACAGUUUGAAACCGUUGUGCAGUGGACUCAUUUACUCCAAGCGACACACUGUGUGUGGACAGAAGGUAGAAGACCAUUUGUUUUUUUGGGGUAGCGGGCGAAACGACACGCACAUUGAAUGUCGCCCGCGGAGACUCUGUGUUUCUGGACAUUUCCACAUUUGUUAAAGCCAACCGACGCGGAGCCGACGGUCGGGUUGAAUGUGAAGCCGCGGCGCCGACUCGUGAUCACUGGAAGAGCUUCGCCGAAAGCACACGUGGUCGACGCCCUCGCCACGCAGGCGCGUGAUAAGUGAUCCACUGAGGCCCUCGUCCUGACCUCGACAUGUUCGCUUCAAAUCAUUAGCUGCCUUUAAAAAAAACAAAGAAAACACGGAUCCUACGUGUCUGGUCUCUUAGUCUCAUCCAUGAUGGAUGGGGAAUUUUAUAUAUUUACCGUCCAGUAUUGAUUCUUUAAUCAGUUCAGGUUGUUGAUGAAUAAGGAAGAAAAAAAAAAGGAAACCGAUGCAAUGAAGUUUCUGAAAUGUGACGUUUCUGAAAUGUGAAAUAUUAAAAACGCUAAUCUACA